AGGGUAGGGUCGCUCCCAGGCUCGCCCGGCGGCCUCUGCUACACAAGGGCCACCGGAGAGCACAGUACAGGGCCCCGCGGAGUAACCUCUCGCUCGUGCUCCCUCUUCCUCGUGAGGCCCUCAGACCACUGGGGUCUGAGGGAGGUCUGGGAAUCCCCCCACCCUCUUCUGAGGCCAUUGGGCCGCCUCUCGUUCCCCACUCAGGGCCCGGCCGAACCUGGAAAGAUGGUGGUGCCAGCCUCAGGCGAGGCGCCAAGGCUGGGAGGGCCGCCAGGUCGCUCGGGAUCGACUUUCCUCACCCCCGUUCUCACCUCUUUGUCCUCCGCCUUCUCUUCAAUACCUAAUAGCGCGUACAGGUCCAUUUGUAAGAGCUCCUUGGUCACCGCCAUGGUUCCAACUCUGAUUGGAUUAGUACUACAACUCCCAAAAGUCUAAGCGUGUGGGACUUCCCGGGGACUGUCGGCUCCAAGCCCGCUGAAUGGUGAACGAACUACGACUCCCGGCAGCCCUCGCGCCCGCCGCUGCUGCCUUCCGGCUGGGGUGACUGUCGUGAGUCUCCUGUCGGAGGCUUUGGCUGGCCCGCGCGAGUGGGCGUGGUAGGCAGGGGCGGGGCUGGGUGAGGUGCAAGGGGACUGUACCUGACCCUCAAGAGCUCUGCUCUGCGGAUCUUGCCGCGCCGCACCAGGAAACAGGAUGGAGAGUAGGUGCUACGGCUGCGCUGUCAAGUUCACCCUCUUCAAGAAGGAGUAUGGCUGUAAGAACUGUGGCCGGGCCUUCUGUUCCGGCUGCCUUAGCUUCAGUGCAGCAGUUCCCCGAGCUGGAAACACUCAACAGAAAGUCUGCAAGCAGUGCCAUGAGGUUCUGACCAGAGGAUCUUCUCCUGCCAAUGCCUCCAAGUGGUCACCACCUCAGAACUAUAAGAAGCGUGUGGCAGCGUUGGAAGCCAAGCAGAAGCCCAGCACUCCCCAGAGCCGUGGACUGACCCAGCAAGAUCAAGUCAUUGCUGAGCGCCUAGCACGGCUCCGCCAGGAGAACAAACCCAGUGAGCAGGCCCAGAAAAGACACCAUCCGGGGCUCCUGGGAGUAGGAUCCCUCUGGACCUUACAAGGCUUCUCUAUGCCAUUUGCAGAGUCAGUGCCUUCACAGGCGGAGAUAGAAGCCAGGCUAGCUGCACUCAGGGAUGCACCCCAGGGUCCCGUCCCUUCCACCCAGGAGAUGGUGGCUCGGCUUGCUGUGCUACAAGGCAGAGUUCCAUCUUCUCAGGGCCCCCAGUUGGCACAUCAACCACCGGACCCCAGGACCCAGGUGCAGCAGGCAGAGGAUCUGCUGACACAGCUAACAGCGGAGGUGGCUAUUGAUGAGAGCUGGGAACGAGAAGGCCCAGCCACCUCUAUCCAGAACGACCUCAACCGGGGGGGCCCAGGGGCUCAGAGCACCAGUUCCAGGGGGCAAGCCACCUGGUCCCUGGAGGAGGAGAAGAGCAGGUUGCUGGCUGAGGCAGCGGUCGAACUUCGGCAGGAAAACACUCGGCAGGAGCGCAUCCUAGCCCUUGCCAAGCGCCUGGCUGUGCUGCAGGGACGGGACCCUGAUAAAGUGACCCUCCAGGACUACCACCUUCCAGACAGCGAUGAUGAAGAGGAGGAAGAGACGGCCAUCCAGAGAGUCCUGCAGCAGCUCACCGAAGAAGCUGCCCUGGAUGAGGCAAGUGGCUUUAACAUCCCUGUGGAGCCAACUCCCCAACCCCAAGACCAGUCCUGCAGGGCAGAGCCUAAGGCCCAGACCCUGGUCGCCCAGCCCGAGGAAGAGGAAGAUGAGCUCCCCUGGUGCUGCAUCUGCAAUGAGGAUGCCACCCUUCGCUGUGCUGGCUGCGACGGAGACCUCUACUGCGUCCGCUGCUUCCGGGAAGGCCAUGAUGCCUUUGAGCUUACAGAGCACCAGACAUCUGCCUACCAGCCCCUGCAUAAAGGCCGAGGACACUGAGGGAGCCCUGGUCCUCCAGGGAAGGUCAUCCUACAGGCAAGCACACGGGCUGGGGUGCCCUCCGGGGCAUCUGAUGGGAGGACAUGUCAGGCUGGACUGCUUAUAAAUGUGCCCUUUCCUAAGCCUCCAUUCCUGGAAGGAGGAAGGAGUCUCCAUUGGAGACAAUGACUGGAGGAGCCAGAGGGAAGGCAGAGGUCAGGAGCCUUCCAGCAUUGGAGUCUGGAUUGGAAGUGAGCGACAGAGCAAGACCAGUCUGAAUCUAAGGAGGAGCCUUGAAACUUGCUCAAGAGCCCAGGGCCCUCCGCUGGCACUUGGAGGAUUUAAUAAAGUGUGUGAUUCAUUGGA